UAACCAACUCUGCCGCUCAGCUACCUCUAAGCUCUUGGAAUCACGAGCCCAAAACAGCCUUGCCAUCUUCGAUCACGAAAUCCAGUUCGAUCGGUAGCGAGGCGUUGCGGCGGCGAUGGACGCGCCGGCGAUGCUCACGCGCAAGCACGUCCCGGAGGACGUCGCCCCCCGGAACAUCGUGGAGGGCGAGGGAGCCGGGGGCCAGCAGCAGCUGCACCGGGACGAGAAGCAGCACAAGCCGGUGCUGGAGAAGAUGAAGGAGAAGGUGAAUAAGAUCAAGAACACCCUCGCCGGCCACGGCCACGGCCACGGCCACGACGAGCUCGUUGGCGACGGUGAGAGCAUCAGCAACGAGGAGGAGGAGGGGGAUGUGGCGUUGGAGAGGGAGGCCGCGACGGAGAAGGGCGGGUACAUAGAGGACGUCGAGGACAAACCCGUCGUCAUGGAGUCCGACCCCGAGGUACACGGCGCGCCCAUAUACGAGUCGGCGAGGAUACCGGCCGUGCAGGAGGUGGAGGGCGAUGGCCGCCCCCGGGUGCGGCUUGGCGACCUCGGCGGCACCGUCGUCGAGGAUCCGGCCGCGCCGCGCUCCACGGCGCCCGCGGCGCGAGAGGGGGAGGACAUAGGCACGACACCCGUCGUGCAGCAAUUCGAGUCGAUGACCGUGUCCGAUGACCCGCCACACGUCGGCGCGGGGAAGAAAGACGCCCGAGCGGCCACGGGCACCACGGAGUUCGGCAAGAAGUUGGCCACCACGGUGGACGAGAAGGUCGCCGGCGUCGGCACUGCCGUGGGCGUGGGGAAGCGCGACGACGAACGCACAGAAGCAAUGCCAGUGUCGGACGCUGGCGGGGAGGAGUGGAAAGACGCCUCCGCGGCCACGGACGCGACUGACAGGGCGCCCAGCCCGGGCUACACGGACAAGCUCAAGUCCUUUUCGGCGGGCACCACGGAGUACGGCAAGCAGCUGGCCACCACUGUGUACGAGAAGGUCGCCGGCGUCGGCACCGCCGUUGCGCCCAGCCUCCGUCCACAGGUGGGCGUGGGGAAGCCGGUUGUCGGACGCAAUGAGGCAAUUCUGGUGCCGGACGCCGGUGCAGUGGAGCGGAAAGACGCGACGGACAGCGCGUCGGGCGUGGGCUACACGGACAAGAUUAAGUCUGCGGCGACCACCGUGUACGAAAAGGUUGCGGGCGUCGGCACCGCCGUGGUGGGCAAGGUGCCGCUGGCCACGCACUCCACCGGCGCCGUGACGCCUGGGGUCGGCGCGCAGCAGGAGGACACGAGCGCGACGGUCACGCCCGGUGCCGGCGGCCCCGGGAGCGGGCAUGACAAGGGGGUGACCAUGAUGGGGUACAUCGCCGAGAAGCUGCGGCCCGGGGACGAGGACCGCGCGCUCAGCGAGGCGAUCUCGGGCGCCGUGCAGCGCCGCAAGGAGGACGUCGGUGGCACGGUGGCGCAGCGCGUGCCAGCGCCCAGCCAAGUUAUGACCAAGGCGCGGGAGGCCGUCACGUCGCUCACCGGCGGGAACCGCGUCUCCGAGACCGUGCAGCCGACAACCACAGGGGAAGACCUGAAGGGCGGUGCCGCGGCAGACGCGCCAGUAAUCCGGAGGGAGGAAAUCGGCGGCGUGAAGCUGAACACGAAUACAAUGUGAAAUUACGUCGUGAGAGCACAGAUGAUGUGAUUAGUACCGUGUCAAGUGCGUGUACACGUGUGGAUAAUGUGAUUAGUACCGUGGAGUCUAAGCUGGAAUAAGUGCACUGGUCGUGUGCACCGUGCAGUGGUGUUGUGGCUUCUGUUCUGAGUGUAUUUUUGGGCUUGGUUUGACCGUGUUCGUGUGAUGGUCUCGUGCAAGUAUCCACAGGUCUGUCUGAAUUUUGUAUGUUCAAAGUUGCUCUGUAUUUUGUGUUCAUCA